AUGGAUGAUCAAACGGCUUUCGUACUCGCUCUUCAACUCAUAGCUCUUUGCACGGUCGUGAGUGCUUUGAUACUUUAUCUAAUGUGCAGAAUACGAAAAAAUCAUUUCACGCCAUUUUCGGAUAACGAUGACUUGACGUAUGUGAACAUUGGCGGAGGUAAAGGAAUACUUGUAACGUCCCUGGACAACAUGCUCGGACUCCAGUUAGCCUAUCAUUUGGCGACGAGAGGUUUUAGAGUUUUUGCCGGAGUUAAACCUUCCGGAUACGAAGCGGACGGACAAAAUGUGGUCAUCGAAUCGGAAUCGUCGAUACCUAAAAAAAUUCUCGAGGCCAAAUGGAAAAAAUUCGAAGCUUGUUGCAAGAAAGAAGAAAAUGAAAAUUUUGUGGGUUUGGUCGUUCUUCCCCUGGACGUGACGCGUGAGGAUCUUUUGCACGAAGCUCUCGGAACCAUACGAAGACAUUUACCUGCAGGAGAAGACGGUUUGUGGGCAGUUAUUAACACGGCAGGUUCACCUUGUCGGGGACGUUUGGAAAAUCAAGAUUCUCCCUAUUGGGACGCAGUAAUGAAACAAAAUGUCACGGGAACAUUAAAAGUGGCCAAAACAUUUCUACCAUUAUUGAGAAACAAAAAAGGACGUUUGAUAAACGUCGGAGCCAAAGUUGAAAAUUGCGAUGAUGAAUCACAAACAUUGGUCGCAGAUACGGCAAGCAGGUACGCUGUAGAAGGUGCGAGUGCUGCAUUGAGAAAAGAAAUGAAACAUUUGGGCAUAAAAGUGAUUACUUUUCAUCCUGAGGGUUUGCCCAUAUCACGUUUAUUUUCAUCACCAACGCAAUCGUCAAUUAAAACAGGUGCAGAUGGAUAUGCCGAACAUGAUAUAGCCGUACUUCCACCAACAUCACUUGAAGUCAUAGAAGAAGCUGUUUUGUCAGAUCCGCCAAAAGCAAGUUACACAUUGUUAAAAUCUCCAGGAUUUUUCAGAAUAAAAGAAAAAAUCGUUAAUUUAAACAAAAAAAUUCAAAUCGUUUAA